AAGAAACUUGUUCAUGCAGAAGACCCAUUUAAUGAUGAGCGUAAGGAGAGGCAAGAAGUGGAGAUGUUGGCUAAGAAGUUUGAAAUGAAAUAUGGUGGGAAAGCCCGUAAACACCGGAAGGAUCGACUUCAAGAUUUAAUUGAUAUAGGCUUUGGCUAUGAUGAGACAGAUCCGUUUAUUGAUAACUCAGAGGCCUAUGACGAAUUAGUCCCUGCUUCUCUAACAACAAAAUAUGGAGGCUUCUACAUCAACACUGGUACUCUUCAGUUUCGCCAAGCUUCAGAUACUGAAGAAGAUGAUAUUACAGAUAACCAAAAGCACAAGCCACCCAAGGUUCCCAAAAUAAAAGAAGAUGAUAUUGAGGUAAAAAAGAGGAAGCGGAAAGAGGAAGGGGAAAAAGAGAAGAAGCCAAGGAAAAAAGUACCCAAACAACUAGGAGUUGUGGCUCUCAAUUCCCACAAAUCUGAAAAAAAGAAGAAGCGAAAUAAAGAUUCCCUUUAUUUGGCUGCCAUGAUACGAAAAUUUCAAAAAGAGAAGGAUGCUUUAAAGAAGGAAUCUAACCCUAAAGUCCCAGUGACCCUACCAACGUCCUCUGUAACUAAGCCCUCUUGUGCUGCCACAGCCGUGGGGGAUGACAUCCCAGACUUAAGUUUGAACAGUGCUGACCCAGACCUCCCUAUUUUUGUUAGCACAAAUGAACACGAAUUGUUUCAGGAAGCUGAAAAUGCCCUAGAGAUGCUAGAUGACUUUGACUUUGACAGAUUACUGGAUGCUGCGUCUGAUGGUAGCCCCCUCUCUGAGUCAGGGGGAGAAAAUGGAAACGCCACCCAGCCCACCCUCACCGCUCAGGUUAUGCCCAAGGUGGUACCUACACUUCCAGAUGGUCUACCUGUGCUCCUUGAGAAACGCAUUGAGGACCUUCGUGUAGCUGCCAAACUUUUUGAUGAAGAAGGAAGAAAAAAAUUCUUCACACAAGAUAUGAAUAAUAUUCUUCUGGACAUCGAGUUACAGCUACAAGAACUAGGCCCUGUCAUUCGUAGUGGUGUCUACUCCCAUCUUGAAGCAUUUGUGCCAUGCAAUAAAGAAACACUGGUAAAACGUCUAAAGAAGUUACAUCUUAAUGUCCAGGAUGAUCGUUUAAGAGAACCUCUGCAGAAAUUGAAGUUGGCUGUUAGCAACGUCAUGCCUGAACAGCUGUUCAAAUACCAGGAGGACUGCCAGGCUCGCAGUCAAGCCAAGUGUGCCAAGUUGCAAGCAGAUGAAGAACGGGAAAAAAAUGGAUCUGAAGAUGAUGACGAUGAGAAACCAGGGAAACGAGUCAUAGGCCCACGAAAGAAAUUCCACUGGGAUGAUACCAUUAGGACUUUGUUAUGUAACCUUGUUGAGAUCAAAUUGGGAUGUUAUGAAUUAGAGCCAAAUAAAAGCCAGUCUGCUGAGGAUUACCUUAAAUCCUUCAUGGAAACAGAGGUGAAGCCGCUGUGGCCAAAAGGCUGGAUGCAGGCCAGAAUGCUUUUUAAGGAAAGCCGGAGUGUACAUAAUCAUCUUACUUCUGCCCCGGCAAAGAAAAAGGUGAUUCCUGCAUCAAAACCCAAAGUCAAGGAGGUGAUGGUAAAGACCCUUCCUGUUCGUUCUUUCCCCACUAUGCUGAAGGAGUGUAGCCCAAAGAAAGACCUGAAGGCUCCCGUCUCUCUGGCUUCCGUUGGCGGUCCUUCCACAAGCUCCAGCACAGCCAUCACUGCAUCGGCUAGCCCCAGCUUAGCGCCCGCCCAGGAAACCAUCUGCCUUGAUGACUCCCUCGAUGAAGACCUUGCUUUCCACUCAUCGUCCCUGGAUCUCGUCUCGGAAGCUUUAGCCGUCAUCAACAAUGGGAACAAAGGCCCCUCCGUUGGCUCAAGGCUAAAUGUGCCAGCUACAAAGCCUCGUCCAGCACUGAGAGAAGACAAACUAGCGAGUAUCAUGAGUAAAUUACCACUGGCUGCUCCCAAAAGACUAGAUGCUACUCAGACUGCACACUCAUCAAGUCUCAUUGCUGGUCACUCAGGGCCAGUACCAAAGAAACCCCAGGAUUUAGCUCAUACUGGCAUUUCUUCAGGCCUUAUUGCUGGUUCUUCAAUUCAGAACCCUAAAGUUUCCUUAGAACAUUUGCCAGCCAGGCUACUCCAGCAAGGACUACAAAGGUCCAGCCAGAUACAUGCUUCUUCCUCUUCACAGACUCAUGUCUCAUCCUCCCAAGCCCAAGUUGCUGCCUCCUCUCAUGCUCUGGGAACAUCAGAGGCCCAAGAUGCUUCUCCGUUAACACAAGCAACAAAGGUGCACCAGCACUCAGCUGUCCAGCAGAACUAUGUGUCUCCAUUACAAGCCACCAUUAGUAAAUCACAAACCAACCCAGUGGUGAAGUUGAGUAAUAACCCCCAACUUUCCUGUUCAUCCCAACUACUCAAGACUUCAGAUAAGCCACUGACGUAUCGCCUCCCUUUGUCUACCCCGUCACCUGGAAAUGGUUCUCAGGGGCCCCACCCCCUGGUUUCUAGGACAGCAUCGAGUACCACUACCUCCAGUAACUAUUUAGCCAAGGCUAUGGUGUCACAAAUCUCCACGCAGGGUUUCAAAUCUCCCUUCUCAAUGGCUGCAUCUCCCAAACCUGCCGCAUCUCCCAAGCCUUUGCCCUCACCUAACCCCUCCGCAUCACCCAAGCCCUCUCUGUCAGCUAAGCCUUCAGUACCAACUAAACUUAUUUCUAAAUCCAACCCAACUCCCAAGCCUGCUGUAUGCCCAACUUCCUCCAGUCCAAACACACUCGUAGCCCAGAGUAGCCACUCCACCAGUAACAACCCUGUCCACAAACAGCCCAGUGGAGUGAACAUCAGCAGACAGUCACCCACUCUGAAUUUGUUGCCCUCAAAUCGCACUUCUGGCCUUCCAUCUACAAAAGCUCUUCAGGCCCCUUCUAAACUAACAAACUCAUCAUCCACUGGAACUGUUGGGAAGAACAGCCUGAGUGGAAUUCCAAUGAAUGUACCUGCCAGCAGAGGUAGCAACCUUAACUCAAGUGGAGCUAAUAGGACUAAUCUAUCUGGGGGAACAGGAAGUGGAACACAGGGUGCUACUAAACCGUUGUCUACUCCACACAGACCAACCUCUGCCUCAGGGUCUUCAGUGGUCACAGCCAGUGUGCAGUCCACAGCAGGAGCACCAGUAUUGGCUAAUGCCUCACCUCUGACUCUCAUGACAUCACCUUUGUCUGUAACCAAUCAAACUGUGGCUCCUUUUGGGAUGCUGGGUGGCCUUGUUCCCGUGACCAUGCCCUUCCAGUUUCCCUUGGAGCUGCUUGGCUUUGGAACGGACACAGCUGGAGUGACAACCACCUCGGGAUCUACCUCAGCCGCUUUCCAUCACAGCCUAACUCAGAAUUUACUAAAGAGUUUACAGCCAGGAACUCAGCAUGCAGCAACACUUUCCCACUCUACUCUGCCUACACACUUACAGCAAGCAUUUAAUGAUGGAGGCCAAAGUAAAGGGGACACUAAGUUACCACGGAAAUCUCAGUGACUUCCCGGCCAUCAAGAGAGGAAUCCUUUGGCUGACUAUUGGGACCGACCUGAUGGGGAGUCUGAUGUGGUCACAGGGCUGCUGCUUCUGUCCAUGUUUACAAUCUCGUCCCAAGCACUGUGGUGAGGAGGAAAAGGAAAGAAAAUGUUACUUGAGUAAAACCAGGUGCAGGAGGAAGAAAUGCUUUUGUGCAAAAUUAGUGACCUUUGGUCUCUCAAAGUUCCCAUGUUAACCUGCUUCAAAGAGACUCAGCUGUCAAACCCACAGAAGUAUAAAUUUGAUUUAUUUUUUUUUUAAAACCUGGGGAGAAAGAAGGAAGUUGAGAGGAUUUGGGUAAAUGGCCAUCCAUCCUGGGGGUUGGAUCUGAACACGCGACAUAUAAGUGCAUAAUAAAAGCAACUAAAAGUAGAAUUAGCCCAGUUUGAGGAGAAUCAGUCAUGUCUGUGUAGUGGACAGAUUUGCCACAGUCAAUCGCACAAUGUUCUCCAGACAGUAGCCGAAGAAUACUGUACCCUCAAAUGUCCUGAGCAAACUUGAAUCUUCUCCAGUAUGUAGCAGUUCCCAGUGUAAGACUGAAGAUGCUUCAGCAAAGUUGCUGUAGCACAGUGAUAAAUAUCACUAUAUCUUCUAGAUUUUUAAAGUCAGGAAAAUGAGCCUGUUGCUCUUAACAGACAAAAUGUAGAUAAUCCCCUUUUUGUAAAAGGGUCUAUUUCAUCCUCCAUUCAGAAGUAGGUACUCAACUCCUUUCUGCAGCUGACUUGUCAUCUGGUAUUGACUGGUUAGUAUUUAUUUCUAGUCCUGGUGUGCAAGAGUGAGUGCUUGCAUUUUCUCUUGAUACAUGGGGUCUUUGGUGUUGGGCUGCUCGCUGCUUUGCUGCUCUGCUGCAGAUCUCCCUUGUGACCUGCCAAGAACUGCAGAUGCCCAGUUCCCUCACUGCACAGUGCUCUUCACCACUGGUCCUCAGGUGAUUAGAGCUGUUGAUGGAGAGUGCACAGCAUCUGUGUGUUUGUGGGUCACCCAGAUGGCAGAUGCAUCGCUGUGUACUGUUGAAAGGGGUGAAGUCCCGUGGGGAUGCUGUGCACAAGGGACCACCUUCAUAACUGUCACAGUGCAGCUCUAUGUCCCAUAUCCUUUGCAGGAAAAAUGUUUGCAGCAUUUGGAAUCUGAAGGUCUUACUAGAAUUUACUCAAUGUUGAUGUUCAAGUGAGCCUACAGAUAGUUAAGAUUCCUUAAUUCUGGUUGCUGUAUGUGAAUAGAGUCAACGAAGGAUAUGAAGGGAUAAAUACACAAUUCUCUUUGAAUACUUUUUAUUUUGCCUCAACUACAUUGUGGUGUCCCCUGAAUUUUAAACUUUGGAGUAUUUUCAAUUUAUCCAAGAAUAGUGUAAGCUCUAAGUGAUACAAGUUUAGUUUGUGAGAUGACAGACUAGCCUGGUAAUAACAAGAUUGCUUUCAUAUUCUCAUUACAUAUUACCAUGUAACAUUAAAUUUAUACAGACAAGAGUGUUAACCAGACCCCAUUUUCCUUUGAUAAGCAAAAGUCCCAAGAAGCCUCUAGGACUAUAAUAACCAACCACAGAUCUGCUUGGAUUUUUAUGCCUAUAAAUUGACUUCAAAGUCAAAUUGGCAUGCUUUAUAGCAAGAAGUCAAUGAACAACUGAAAACUUUAGUUCCAAGAACUUGUUACAGUAAGGGAAAAUGAUUGUACAGAAGAACCAUUGAAGCUGGGUAUACUGGCUCAUGCUUGUAAUCCCAAUACUCAGGAGGCUGAGGCAGGAAGAUCUCAGGUUUGAGGCUAGCGUGGAGGAUAUAGCAAGACCCAGGCUAGUCUGCAUUGGGCUGACAAUGAGACCCUGUCUCCAAAAAAAAGGAAACAAAGGAGAAAAGGAAAAGAAUCAUUGGUAUAAUUUCUUGACUGUAGUAAUUUAGUUUACCAAUAAAACAAAUAUGGAUGCUAUGUGAGCCCUGGUAGAUAAUUGGAAAGAUACAGGGACAUAGCAGAGAGCUUUGACUUGAAUUUAGCAUGUUAAGUUUCAUUUGAAAGGUCUCUUAGAGAAGCUUACUCAGCUCUUGGCUUACUCUAGCACCAGGUGACUUCUUUUCCAACAUGCCUGCUAAUACUGCCUGGGCUGCUGUUUUGGGGGUGUGUUUAGGAAGGUGGCCUUGGGCUUCAUUUCCUCUUCCCAGGGAGAAGUCAGUGCAUAUUAGUCUCUCUUCCUGCUGAUACCUGUGUGUUUAUGUGUUUACAUAGACACGGUCAUAUAAAUCAAUUGCUAUUAAAAGACAUAAUAAUUCUGAACCAUGCUAUAUGAAGGCCCCUGAUGGUUCUUUGCCAUCAUUAGAAAAGAACAAGAUUAGUAAUUCUCUUUCCUGUGUCUUUUUAUAAAAUUACCUGAAGCCCUGGGCUCUGAGAAUAUAAGACGUAAAGUUUAUUCUGUUCUUACGAGUCUUGAUUCCCUAAGGACUGCUGUAAGACUCCCCACUUCAGCAACCUUCCAUGUUAUACAGAUAAAUCAGAGUCCUUUCUACAUGUAAAUACAUUUCUUUCUAUAUCAUAGCAUUGAAAAUGGUGUCCAUACUUUAUGGUUACCUGUCUUUACACUUUUUAUUACUAAGAACAAGCAUAUAAGUUGGUUAUUUUUUAACAGAGACUUGCAACUCAUACUGUAUUUUUGCACUUAAAGUCAAAUUAUGUUAUUUUUCAAAUGGUGAAUAACUGGAAAGGUUAUCUGUAGAGCAAUGUGUAUCGCUAAAGAACAUUAGCAACAUCCAAAUGCAGAAGAAAAUCAGCACACUUAGAUCCCACUCAUGGGUACUUGAUUCAGGAAGAUGAAGCUAUUUGUUUCCAACUGUCUUACAUUUGAAAUUGCCUUCACUGAUGUAUAAGCUGUUACUGUACAUACAAGGUGAUCCUCAGUAUUCACAAGCAAUAACAGUCAGCAGAGCUGUCUGCUGGACCUCAGUUGGAGACUGUUUGGGAGCAAAGUGUCAAGCUCAUUCAGAGCCUCGGAAAUAAAUGCAAGCAAUAAUUUCUGUUAAAAUUAAAUAUAUUAAUUCUCAUGCUUCUGAGAACAGAGUGAGAAAUCAUGAUUUUAAAACAUUCUGGAGAAAAGAUUUGGAGAAAAGAAGCCAAGUUUUUCUGUAGUAACAUGCUUUGAAGAAAUCAAGCCGAUUCAAUUAGUCCAUUUUUUCAUGCCCACCACCCCUUUGAUGGAUGUUAUUAGCCUAAAUUAUAUUGUUUUGUGUCAUAGACACUGAAUAAGGCUUAUUUGGGUCCCAACACUGGGAAAAGAACUGGGCAUAUACCUGUUUGAAGACUGUGGGUUUGACACCUGCUUGGAAACAGCUUAUUGGAACUGAUCUUAACCCAGGAUAUUUUUUCCCAAAGCAGAUCUAAAUUGUUUACUAUGCAGAGAUGGAAAGGGCAGACACCCUCUUCUCUCUCCUCUGGUUGCCCGCUCCUGCAGCCCUUUCCACCUCUACUUGUUCAAGACUUUCUGAAAUGAAAAUUCUACUGUUAUUGCAACUGCCAUUGGUUUUGAGAACUCUGUCCUUUGGGAUCGUCCCUAGAACUCAUUAUCUGUCCUACUUGCUGCUACAUUUGGAAAAUGACUUUGCCUGUGUUGGUUGACUUUAACUUCUCUAUUUAUAGGAGAGUUUGUCAUGUACUUUGACCCCUGUGUAGAACUAGGGUACUUUACUUUAGGAGUGUACUAUGAAAGCACACUGGUCCUUGUAUUGUUAUUGUUACUUAGGUUUUGAAUUUGUUUCCUCUGUUUGUUGGUUUUUGUUUUGUUUUUCAAAUUGAAAAAUAGAAUAAUGACAAAACCCUGUACUCCAGGCCAAACUUGAGAGCUGUCGGGUGCUUCAGCAAGAGUGCCUCUGCUGACCCAGCGCUCUCUAAAGGCACUUUGACUUUUAGUUGUACAUGUGUGACGUUUUGUUUGUUUUAGCUUUGGGGGUGCUUUUGGUUUUGUAAAAACAAAGCAGAAAAGAAGUGCAGUAGUAGAUAAAUGAUCACAAACAUGUUAUGCAAUUUUAUUUUAUAAAAUUUUAAAGGAAAAGUUUAACUCCUUGUAAAUAAUUUCUUAUCUCUGGUAAAAUGCUUAUAUUACUCCUCUAAAUCAUGCUCAAUUCAGGCCUUUGUCUUUGUUAAGUGCCUUUUAUUUCUUUCUUUUUCUCCCCUCUUUAGAAACUUUUCAGACACCCUCAAGUACAUACUGAUAAGUCAGGGGAUUCAGGAGAAAGAAUCUCAGACUUGCCAAAAUCAUGUCAUGUUACAAUAAUCUCCCUUCUGCUUUGUCUGUGUGGAUACAAGAACGAGUCGCACAGUGUGUGUAUAGAACCAGGAACAGCUGUUGCAUGGCAGUCUUUCUAAGCACUGCCCUUUUGACACUGCAGACCUUCUACCUUGUUUAUUCCAUUGCUUUGGGUUGAUUCAGAUAGGCAGGUCGGGAAGUAGUCUUUGCACAUGAUGCUGGCUUCCCCUUCUGAAUAUCUGUAAAAGUAAGUGUGUGUGUGUGAGUGUGUGUAUUUAUAGGGCAUUAUAUAUACGUGUUGGUUAUUGCAAGCAUAAUAAACUUGGUGGACUCAUUGACUAUUUCUGGAUGUAAUCCACUUCUCUCUACCCUUCAAAUUUGGCAGAAGUAGUGUGUUAGGAAGCAUCAGAAUAACAAGAGCAUCUUGUGGAUCAAUCUGAUAUGGUGCCCUAUGCAGACAAGAUUAAACACAUGGAGGGCUAGAGCUAGAACCUUGAAGGUAGUACCUGAACACAAUUUGAAGGAAGUUAGCACCUAUGUCAUUAUUAAAAGGUGUUUUCUUCUGGAAAUAUUAUCUUUAAGAAAUCAUAGAGCUGAAUACCUUUUAAAACUUAAACUUAGAUUUUAGAUAAUGAGGAAACACUCAUCUGCAACAUACUUGAGAGAUUUUCAUUCUGUUUAUUUUCCAGAUGAUUAGAUUUUACUCUGAUUUCAUGAUCAUUUAAACAUCUUAGCAAAAUAACAUUAAACUUUCAGAUUUAUUUUAUUUAAAUGUGACACAUUGAAAGAGACUUAAAUUGAACCAAUUCUCUAAACAGUACAAAUAUAUCUACAAAGGACCCCACUUAAGUAAAAUUUUAAUUGGAAAAGGACACUGGUAGCUAAAAGAAGCAGCUCCUGGUAGCAGAGCUGUCAGAGUCAGGCAGCUAGGAUCAGUAGUGAGUGUUAAUUCCUAAACUACUUUAUCUAGGGGGAUAUCACUUAACCUUCGUGCCUCAGAUUGCCCAUGAGACAUUUGGGUAUAAUAAUAAUAGCCUACCUCCCAGGGAAUAUCAGAGACUUUACUAUUUCAAAAAUAUUUUGAGUUUUUCUAGAACAUCCUAUAUAAUUAUAGUAUUAUCUUCCUGCAGAGGUUGAAAAACAAAUGUUUUCCUUAUAGUGGAUAUAAAGAGCACCCUAUGGUCUUUAUGUUUUAAAAAAAAUCACUGGAAUUUAAUUUAGAUACAUAUUUGAUAUUUAAACAUACCAUAUUUGUAGUGUAGUAGAAUUAUUAGUUUCAGAUUAAAUCAAAGGAGAUGACACUAACUUUCUUAACUACCAAUAGAUUUUUUUUUUUAAAGCUUUUAUGAUGUUAUUACUUGUGUGAAGUUUUUGAAGGUUGUGAAAGUAAAGUUAGAUAAAGUUUGGAUUACUGAUGAAUGAUCCUGAAAGGUUAUAACCUCCCUCUUCUACCUUCUGAAUCUAAUUUCCUUGUAGUACUUGCUUGGUUUUUUCCGUCUCUAAGAGUAAAUCAGAGCCUGCCUGAUGCUCCUGUGUCUAGGUUUAUUCCGCUUUGCCCUGGGGGAUGGGGCAGGCCUACACCUAGGCAGCUGUGUAUACUUUUAAAUUUGCUGUUCAUGCUUCUUCAGCCCAUGAGCGAGUGGGAGCGAUCAGCUGCUCAGGUUGUAGGAAAAGGAGAGAAGGAUGACAGCUGUGGCAAAGGAGAGAGGUCGGGGCAGGAGGGAAAGAAACAUGAUUCCCCUCGCUCCUGGGAGGAGGUCAAGAUCAUUGUAUCUCACCUUCCAUUUGUGCAUACAAUGUUUCUCGUUAAAGCAACAGGAACAAAUGGAUGCUGCAGUUUUUGUUAGAGCUAAGUAGUGUGUGAGAGAGAGUAUGAGUGAGUUUAAAUUACAGCACAUAUUCAGGGUCAGCAAAGAGUGCAGGGUGUUGAGGAACAAUUACCCAGCUCAAGUGAGUUAGGAGAGAGCACUAGGCCUAAGCAGCCAGCACAUCUGGGCUGAUCCCAGAACUGGCUCAGACCUGGUCAUUCUCUAGUCCUAGAAGGUUUUCUGGUGGUGGUGGUUGUUUUCCUAAAAUCACUUUUGGGAUUUUUGGUUUUUUUCCCCCCUCCUCCAGAUCAGGCCUUAGUUCAUAGUCACUAAGGAUCAGCUGUGCACAUAAACAUACUCUGUUUUCCACAUUUCUGUCUUGUUCCAUUCUUCAUUAACAAUUGUUAAGAUUUCAACCCAAAGUAAUAAAGUUUAGAGGUUUUGCUGAAUGUGUGUGCGUUUCUCUGGGGAAGAGUAACCACAGCCUAAAAUAAAUAUGUUGUCUGUGUUCAUCUGCCCUAGAAUGUGAACUUUACAUAACAAGCUAGCUGAAGAUCCUUUUGCCUAUGCAGACCUAGAGUUAGUGUAGUGGAUCAUGUUUGCACUUUUAUGAAGUCAUCCAGUGUAAUUCUGAGAAGUUGAGUGUUUUUGUUGACAGAACUCAAAUGCUGACUCAAGCUCUCACUGAAAACAGCUUCAAAUAUUAGUGUUGAAUUCUUCAUUUUUUUUAGUCUUUGUUCUUGCCUUUGGGGUGGAGCUCUAAAGUUAGCCACUUGCUCCUCUACAGUGUGAGUUGCUUGUUGUUAGAUCUAGGGAGGAAAGGUGUAUUGUUCCCACAUCCUCCUCUCCCUCCUUUUUCCAUCUGUCCUCUGUUCCCAUCACAUACACAGUGAUGGGAUGCUUUACAUUUUAGCAGAGAACAAAAGCAUACGUCACUGUUAGGGUGACCAGCCUGAUGCUAAAUGACACUUUCCUCAUGCACACUCAAGUACCAUUUGCUUUAAAGUGAUUAUUUGUGAUCUCCCUGUGUUGUGAUGUUUCCACUUCUCCUGUUUCCUGUGUAUUUCCAUUUCCUAGUAGUUGCUAUUCAAACUUUGUGUAGUUUUUACAGUGUUACCCAAACUGGUCUGGAACACAUUUGACGUCUCAGUAGUACAAUUAAGGUUCUAUACAUAGUCCAGAACUUGCAGAUUAUUGAUGGUGGGGACUUUUCCUCUUCUCACUUAGAUUAAAAAAUAGAUCUCAUAGGCUGAGGGUGUAGCUCAGUGGUAGAGCUCUUGCUCUGCAUGUGCAAAGCCUGAAGCAAAACAACAAUAAAUAGAUCACAUUUUUACAUAAUACCUGUACUUUUCAAGAUUUGUCAAAAAGAAAUAAGCUCUUCAUUAGGAGUUCAUAAUAGUCCGGCUUGCUUGUUUUCUGUGUCUCACCGAGAACAGAGCUCUUUUGCUAAGGUCUGUCUGAGCCAAGCAGACCAUUGAAUCCUUAGCCCCAAUGUUAAGUUCCUCAGAAAACUCAUUUGGCCCUGACUUUGCUACAGUUACAUAAUUUUGUUUUACCCUGCCUGAGUUUGGUGUUGGAUGCUUGGUGGUAGAGCUCUGGCUGACAUCAGAUAAGAUGGCUUACCCGAGAUAACCUGAAAGUCAACAGCUCCAUCUGUCUUCAGAGUACAUUUAGGAAUAGACAGCAACUAAGACUAACCAUUGCCUGCAUGACAACUUGUGCUUAAAGUUUUGCAAUCAUACUGUAUUUUCUGUACUUACGACCAUAAACAAUUUCCUCUCUCGCUUUCCUCUACCGUUUGCAGAAACCUUAUAUGCACUGUCAGAAAAUUGCUUUUUCCCCACACACUGGCAAAAUUACCAAAAACUAGCAAAAAUUUGCCCAAUUUUAGCUAGGAACAUAAAAAGGAAAAUAAAUUUGUCAGUUGAUGAAAGUGUUUGUUUUAAAUGGUUAGAGUGUUGAGCCAGCUUUGGUCGGCUUUCUUGACAUUUUGGCUCUGCCUCCAUAAUGGAUUAUAUACACUUUCUUGACGUGGGAUCAUCAAGGGCCUUCUCCCAGUAGAGGUUGGUUUCCCUCCCACACAGCUUCCUCUGAUUCUUUCAUAGUUAGCAUCCACAGAGCCAAGCUUUAUAGUGAUCUGUUGUCAACUAUCAUUGAAAACUAUCUGACUCUAGGAAAUACUGGAGUACUAAACUGUUCUUGGAGGAGAGCCUCCCCAAGGUUUCUCUGGUUAAACAGUGUCAGACUUCAAGGAGAGGAAAAGAAAUCUCUGGCUGGUGAAAAUUUUGCCCCCUAAAUAAUAACGUUAUUAAGUCUAACCUAGGUGAUUAAGAGAUGGAUGUUUUCUCUCUUUGCUUGUGAGCAAGGUUUAUAAUUUUAAGAAUUACUGUGGAACUGCAAACCUAUUUGCUAUAACUGGAAAACAAGAGUCUGAAUUUUAGUCUGGUGAAGCACAUAUUUCCAACUCAAAGUUUAGAUAAGGGGAGACUGUGGUUUAGUAGCAGAAGGAAAAAUGAUUAUUUAUACCAUGAGUGUCCACUCUGCAGAGCUGCUUCCCACCAGGGAACCAGUUCCUCCUCUUCCGUAAGCUCUACCCUACACAGAUGCUAACGUGUUCACAAGCCAGUCUCUGAGAAAGGAACCUGAGACGUUGAUGGGGCCUUAGGUAAAGGCCCCCAGUUACUUUGCUGCAUCUGCUUGUCGGAAGGUGUAUUUUUGCUAACUUGAAGGAAUAUAUGCUGUAUUUCAAAUAAGUGUGUGACUUAAUACUUUGGGAUUUUUUUUUUUCCUCUAAAAACUGUACCUGAACACAAGCUUUGAGUUGGUAUUUGUAAUAAUCUCAGGACCUGAAAGAUUGUAGCAUUUAGUGUGUCUUAAAAAUUAUGUACUGUACCAGCCAUGGAGUUUUGUAAAUAAUACCUGUCUCCCUUUUUUUGUAUUAUUUUAGUAAAUAAAUAAAUUUAAUAAAGGGGGGUAGUGAUGGGGCGCGCGCGCGCGUGUGUAUGUGUGUGUGUGUGUGUGUGUGUGUGUGUGUGUGUGUAAGGCUCUUUUAAGGCAAACUGGUGCUUGUUGAAUUUCUAGUUAAGCUCAGCAGGAAUAUGGACAAACUGCUGCUACUGACCCUACACUGAGCAAGGAGGAGGUACUUUAUCCUGCCUUUCCAGUGGUCUGUGCAGCACUAGCAAAUGAGAAUUAAGUUAGAAUCUAAGCCCGUCUUCACAGCCAUCUUGGUGUUUUGAUCCUGGGUGUAGUUCCAGCAUCCUUUAAAUUGUGGCACUAAAGCUUCUACACUUCACUGGUCCUGGUUUUAGAAUUAAUAACUUUCCUCAGAAAAAAAGAAGGGCAGAUUUAGGAAAAAAAAAAAAAAAAAAAAAAAAAAAAAAAAAAAAAAAAAAACUUAACAACAAAAGAACCUCACCUUCCAUAAGACCCCUUAUGAAUUUUGGAUACAUGAGAACAUAAACAUUCCUAAAUGUGAGCUUACACUGGCCCUGUGAUGCACUGCUUCGGGGCAGGGAUGUUUGUGUGUUUCACUCUGCAGCAGCUUUGUCCAUAUUCCAGGUGUAACUAGCAAACCCAUUUUGAAAUAAGAGCCUUAUUUGAUUCAAAAUAGAUGUUUCCUGUCGAUCCUUUGUGACAGGGUCUUUUACAUGAGUGUUUUCUUUUUCUUUUUGUAUAUGUUAUGUGUUUGUUGUAUUAAAUAAAGAGGACUGUAAAUAUUGG